AUGACCACACCAAAUCAAUCGGAAUCCGCUGUGAAAACGUGGGAGGAGGCCAGUGCAUUACUCUUAUCCGCGUUUGACGCCUAUGCGCUUGCGUCUGCCGACCUGGGUGCCGAGUCAUCGAUUAGCGGUGCUAAUCCUAGCGAAUUUUCGCCCAAGAUCGAUUCCAUCCUUGAAACAGUGGAUACAGCCAUAUUAAACCAAUUGCCCAAGAUAUCCACUAACCUCAAAAAGCAAAGGAACAAGCUCGUAUCGCCAACAUCUCAUCUCCCUGAAGAGAUCCUUUCAGAGAUAUUCAGAAUCUUUGUAUUUGAUCCAAGUCUAGAUGCAACCAUCCCCUUAGAUAUGGAGGCAAGUGUGCGCCUCAUAUAUAGCCGCCUAGGUACUCUUUGCACUGUGAGCUCUACGUGGAGGGAUAUCCUGAAUGCUAGAGGGAGGUUUUGGUCGGUUAUACCCAUGAUUGAAGUUCGGUCCACUGAUCCCAUCACAAGGUUGGAACCCUACGAGCGAAGUUUUCACAAUGCUAGAGACGCCCCACUACAUCUUGCGGCAACUAUUGAUCACCAUACAUACAAGGACACUCUCAAGGCCAUAUCCGAGCAUGGACUACGUCUCCGAACAGCCAACUUCAUGAUCAACUAUAUCAACUUGAAGCUAGCUAGGGGGUUUAUUAAAAAGCUGAUGCGUUACAAUAUCGGAGUAUUCUCAGAAUUAUCCAUCAUGCAUUAUUAUGUGCCUUACGUGGCUCCUUGCGACAACAGCGACUACGAUGGUUAUAAUGAUUACAAUAAUUAUGAACCCGAACCGGGGUUGCCUACGGAAGAUGACUUCAUCUUUCCACACGACUCUCCUGAGCACACUUCAUUCGCACAAUUUUUAGGAUCUCUGACGGCCUUCCGUAUAAGCAAUGUUCUCUUCCACUGGGACAAUAUUGCCUUCUCGUCUCGGCUUGUUGAACUUCGGAUGCAGGAGGUUAAUUUGGGGUAUGAUGAUGCAAUUAUCCUCUUCCUAAAGGCCCUUUCUUCUGCCUCGCAGCUACGCGACCUCAAGAUCAUCGCGGUCGAUACUUUUCACAAGCCCAGCAUAACCACCAGAGUCGACACACAUUCCAUUACGUUCCCGAAUCUUCAGAGGCUACUAGUCAAGGAGCUAUACUUCAACACUUUCCAAAUCAUAGUUUCGAUGAUUUCUCCUUUACAUCCCCUUGUCCUCUCAUUCAACUACAAAAUCACCCGGAUCAAUAAGUUGGAUGAUGAUGAUGUGAUCAAUAUUAACCCAAACUUUCUCGAGGACGCGGAAGCCGAUAUCCAGAACGCAGAUAUGAAUAUUGCCAAUAACAACAAUGGUCCCACCGAUCCUAUGGAAUUAUGGGACGCUUUGGGGCCUAUCCAAGUCGAGACGUUAAGGUUACCAGGCACAUUUACGAAUGAUUUGCCACCCCAAAUUCGCAAAGCUAUGAGGGCGAUGCCUGGACUAUUAACACUCGAGGUAGAGAAUGUCGACUUUACCGCAAGCCCUGAUGAACACGGCCGACAUUGCCACUCGGACGCCCUGAACCGAUCCAACAAGUUCGAAUCGGAUCCCGAAGAUCCCGAAGGCAAACCAUUCCCAGCACUCGAAAAGCUUCGUUUGACUAGAGUUAUAGUCGAUGACAGCACAGCUUUUCGGGAGAUGGUAACCAGUCACCCUCUUCGUGAGCUUGUUAUUGGGGGUAGAAUACGCCUGAGCGAUUCGCAUGGGACAAAUUCUCUCCAGCCGAUCCAUGAAGACAGUGAUCUAGUGAGAUGGCUGAGAGGCGUGGUACCGGAUGUUCGCGUGGUUGAUAGUGACUAUCGCCUACCAGGGUUCUACGACGAUGUAUGGCAACUAUGGUAG